UCACUGACACAAUUGUGCUUCAACAGAUCACAGACCUCAUUGCAGUUCUUCAGGAGUCCGAUGAAGUGCAUCAGCUUGUCCUCAGGAACACCGGAAUGACAGAUGCUCUGCUUCAACUCUUAAUGCCAGCUAUAAUAGUUAGUCAUUCGGAGGUGGAAAGCAUCAACCUGAAUCUCAAUGAAAUUGGCCCAGGGGGAGCGGAGAGACUCAUUCAGCUGUUGAAAGAGAAGCCUUGUAUACAGAGUUUACUAUUAUAUGGAAACCAGUUAGGAGAUAAAGGUAUAAAGAGUCUUCUGUGUGGCCUAUCAGAGAUUCUGAUUACACAGCAGCGAAUGGACACCACCUCAUCAUAUAGCAUGCCACUUGUUCAGCUAUCAGAACUGGACAUUGGAGGAAAUCAAAUGAGUGCGGAUGCACUCAGAACCGUAGCAGAAUAUCUGAAGCUGAACCCGUUCCUAAAACAACUUGGCCUGGCCCAUAUCUCUGUACAUGCUCUUGCCGCCUGGCAAGAGCUGUUUGAUGCACUAAAAAUGAACACAAACAUCACCCACCUCCUUUUGGAUGAGAAUGGCCUUGGUGACAGUGGAGCCAGGCUGCUGGCGGAAGUUAUACAAGUAAACCGGUCCCUCGUCACUAUUGAUUUGGAUGGCAAUGACAUCAGUGAGGAAGGGGGAGGAGCCAUUGCAGAAGGUCUGGCAUCCACUACAGACAAGGCACUUACAGCUAUAAGCUUAGAUAACAAUCAUAUCAGUGAAGGAACCAUAGCUGCAAUACAGACAUUACUAAUGCUAAAGUGCACAGAUCAAUAAAGACAACUUAGUGGAUUAAUACAGAGUUUAUGUGAGGCUGGAGGCAAAUACUAAAUAGGGAGAACAGAACAGAGAAACAUGUAUUUACUGGGAUGUGAGAUUUCUAGUGAGGUUGAAACAAUGGCAAAAUAUGUUUAAAGUGUUGUUACCCCAGCAUUUCAUAUUCCUGAAAUGUGCCAGCUAUACCAUGUACUUGUAUGAAAAAGUCUCCUGUUCUCUUUGCAUUGCUUCCUUUGUGUGAAAUCCCUAGUGUUCCUACCUCUGUUUUCCUAUUCAAAACCUGACCACACUAAUAAGGCGAACACUCUGUAUUCAGUUCUCUAGCUAUGCUGGGAACUCAGCCUGCUCUUCUCCUAUGAUUAGACUGACAACCCCCCCCCCCUC